GCCGCGUCAUCGGCGGUGCCAAAAUCAAUAAUCAGUAUUGUUUAUCGAUUUUUUUCUCUGCGCUCAACCGUCGCCGAAGCCGCGCGCGUUUCCCGUACAAGCCGCCCCCGUGCAGUGUGCGUAUAGCGCGUGUACAUGCUCCUGUCUCGCCGACCGCUUAUUUUCGCCGCGCCGUCCCGUGCCGCAGCAGCCGUCGUACACGCAUCGCAGCCGACGCCGUCGUCGUCGUCGUCGUCAGCAGCUGGCCCCCGACUUGUCGUAGCCCGACUCGCCAUCGGCCGGAGCGUAUACACAGCAGUGGUCGGCGUCGUGGAUCCGUUGUCAAGGAUUAUACCUACGCCAUAUAGCGACCGCAGAUUACUUCCGGUAUUAUGUCCAAUAUGGCAAAUGCUGAAAACUACCAAUUGAAAUGGCAUAGUCAUGGUGCUCAUUUACAUUCGACUAUUGCGACGUUACACGGCACCACGGCGUUCACCGACGUGACGCUAAGUACGACCGACGGUCGCAACGUGUCGGCGCACCGUUUCGUGUUGUCGGCCUGCAGCGCGUACCUGAACCAAGUGUUCCAGAGCUGCCUAUCCAAUAAUUUGGUCAUAGUACUGCCGGCCGAUAUCAGUUAUCGUACGCUUUGCAUAUUGCUCCAAUACAUGUACAGUGGCGAAGCAACGGUCACCAACAGCCAGCUGGACCGGGUGCUGAAAGCUGGUGAAGUUUUGAGGGUGAGAGGGCUGUGCCGGAGCAACGAGAACACGGUGGGCGUGGUGCCCAGACAGCAGACACCCGACAAUAACAAGGAUGACAAGUCGAAGCAGAAGUCCAAAGGUGAUAUGCCGCUAUCGGUGUUGUCUGAUGGCAACGAAAAUAAGGAAAACGAAAAAGACAAGGACAACGACGAUGGUGAGGUUAAAAAAGAAAAUUCGGAAAACGAAGACCCCAUGCACAACGCACUGCAGUUGGAGAUCACCGUCAAGGAAGAACCACUUGAAUGGAACGACAGUGAUCGAACUGAAAUGACCAUUCAACCGGAGCUGUAUUCCAAUUACGACGAUGAUGAUGAGGAAGCCGAUUCUGAUUAUUAUGCUCCAUUGACAUGUGACAUGUGUCAAGAAACAUUUCGAACACCAGCCCUUUGGGUUAGGCAUAUACAAACCCACGAAUUAGGCUCAAUUACCGAUUUACCGAAAAGAAAACGAAGAAAAACCACAGACGAUGAUGACGGAGGAGAGUUACCCCCCUUACGUUGUGAACUAUGCCAACAAGAGUACCAAACACCCGGAGAUUGGGUGCGACAUAUUCAAAGUGCACAUACGGAGGAACAGCUGGCCAUUACAAAUAGUUUGGCAAGCGGUGGGUCAGGUAUAUUACCCUCAGCCAAACGACCGCGACCAAGAAUAAUGAAUGGCCGCAAAGUGUGUCCAACUUGUACUAAGACGUUUCCGUCGCAUGCGAGCAUGUUAAUACAUAGUCGGACACACACAGGUGAACGGCCGUACCAGUGUGGUGUCUGCAAUAAAGGUUUUAAUGUAAAGAGUAAUCUACUAAGACACAUGAGAACAUUACACGAUACAGUCAUAAGUCCUAAUGCAAUGGUCGAAUACUGUAAUGCCCAAGAUGAAGUACCCCCUACAACAUAAAAAUAUUAAAUUAACAUAAUUGUUUACAAAUUAAGAUUACAUUUUUACUUUUUUGGUCUAACUUAUUUUUAGAGUUCAUGAAUAUAAUGCUAAAUGCAUAAUUGAAUUUACAUGGAAAAUUUCCAAUUUCAUUUACUUUCCUUAAAUUCUUUAAAUUUUUAUUGACAAGCUUAUACGUCAUGUAUUUCGAUAAUAAGCUCCUUUAAAAUUUUACUUCCAAUAACUAUUAAGACAUUUUUCAACACAUUAUGUUGUAAAAAAGUAUACCAAAUUCAUACAGUUUUAUAUGAAAUAAUGUUACUUUUGUUUUAGUGCAACGCUUUUCAUCUUUCCAGCAUUUUUUAUUUUAUUUAACUUUUAAUUAAGUAUAUCAUAGUUUUGAUACUAGUACAAAAUAAGCAGAUGUUAAGAAUUAAAAUUUAUUUUUCAACAAUGAUAAAAAAGAUCAUUGUCUUCCUGCAUAUAUUGAAUUAUAUAAUAAUAUUGUGUAAAAUCCUAAUAAAAUGUAUAUAGUGAUGUAAAAAUAAUUAGGAUCUCAUUCCAUUUUACAUUAUUUUUCGAAGAUUUUCUACUUAUAGUAAAUAUUUAUUAUAUUUAACCCAAAUCCCGAUAAUAAUGUGAAAUUGUAAUAUUAAAAAUGUACUUUUAUUAUAUGCUCAGUAAUUCAAUAAUAAUUAUUAAUUACUAUAUAUUAUAUUACUUUCAGUACUUUAUUUUUUACGAUCUUAUAAUGUAAAUAUUUAAUAGAAAUAAAUGAAAAUAUUAACAUUAAAACUGACUGUUUUCAUGUAUACAAAUAAGAAUUCUGUUAAAAAACUAAAAAAUUAAGUUUGUCCUUAAGAUCUAUUAUAGAUAAAUAAUACAAUUAAAA